CAGGGAAGCGCGUAUUCUAGUGGCAGGAGGACCCACUGCGGCACCACUGCUGCACGGUUUGAAGCAUCGAGUUCCUUAGUAGCCGGCCCGAGUUAGUCACGCAAUUUCCACUGGCCAGGCGGGGAACGCCAGAAAGUUCACGUCUCCCUCCAGCGUCCCGGGUUGGCAGGGCAGGGGACGCCGCGACCGCAGCUCUAGAGAACGCCAAGCAGUCUGCCAGGUCUGGUACACUCCGGCAGAGGGAGAAAGUUGGGCGGGACAGGAGGGGAGCGCGGGGCGUGGAGGGAGUCGGGGGUCCCUGGUGCGCGAUCGGGGUGGAGCCAGGAGCACUGCGUCCGCCCCGAGGACGCCAAGCGCUUCCCCGCGCUCCCCUCCCCCUCCCGGGGGGCGAGGCUCUGCCGCUCCGCCCGCAGCCGCCCACGCCUCCUCCUGCGCGCCGCGGCGCCGGGCGGGCGGCUCUACUUAAGCCGCGCGCUGGCCGGGACCCUGCACUCGCCUGGAGCGCGCGGCGCCGCGGAGCUCUCGGGGCGCACGGCGGCGCGCUCGUACCGCGCAGCUCUCGGCGGCGGCCGGGGUGCAGGGCUGAGCGAGCGUCCCGGAGAGGCGGCUGCGGCUUCCGAGCGCGGCUCCGGUCCCUGCCGCUGGCCCGGGCGGGCGGGCUCUCGCUGCCAUGGCCCUGGCGGACAGCACGCGCGGAUUACCCAACGGGGGUGGCGGCGGGGGUGGCAGCGGCUCCUCGUCCUCCUCUGCGGAGCCGGCGCUUUUCCCCGACAUCGUGGAGCUCAACGUGGGGGGCCAGGUGUAUGUGACCCGGCGCUGCACGGUGGUGUCUGUGCCUGACUCGUUGCUCUGGCGCAUGUUCACGCAGCAGCAGCCGCAGGAGCUGGCCCGGGACAGUAAAGGCCGCUUCUUUCUGGACCGGGACGGCUUCCUCUUCCGCUACAUCCUGGAUUACCUGCGGGACUUGCAGCUCGUCCUGCCAGACUACUUCCCCGAGCGCAGCCGGCUGCAGCGCGAGGCCGAGUACUUCGAGCUGCCCGAGCUCGUGCGCCGCCUCGGGGCGCCCCAGCAGCCGGGCCCCGGGCCGCCGCACUCUCGGCACGGGGUGCACAAGGAGGGCUCGCUGGGCGACGAGCUGCAGCCGCUUGGCUACGCGGAGCCUGAGCAGCAGGAAGGCGCCUCGGCCGGGGCGCCGUCGCCCACGCUGGAGCUGGCUAGCCGCAGCCCGUCAGGGGGCGCAGCGGGCCCGCUGCUCACCCCGUCGCAGUCGCUGGACGGGAGCCGGCGUUCCGGCUACAUCACCAUCGGCUAUCGCGGCUCCUACACUAUCGGGCGGGACGCGCAGGCGGACGCCAAGUUCCGGCGGGUGGCGCGCAUCACGGUGUGCGGCAAGACGUCGCUGGCCAAGGAAGUGUUCGGGGACACCCUGAACGAGAGCCGGGACCCCGACAGGCCCCCAGAGCGCUACACCUCGCGCUAUUACCUCAAGUUUAACUUCCUGGAGCAGGCCUUUGACAAGCUGUCGGAGUCGGGCUUCCACAUGGUGGCGUGCAGCUCCACAGGCACCUGCGCCUUUGCCAGUAGCACCGACCAGAGCGAGGACAAGAUCUGGACCAGCUACACGGAGUACGUCUUCUGCAGGGAGUGAGCGCCCUAGACCCUGGAGACUUCAGCGCCCACUUCCUCUCGUCCUUGCUGGGAGGGGGGAGGGGGAUAAUGAUAGCUGUCCCCUCCUGCCCUCUGCUCCCUGGUUCCUUCUGUCCCAUCCUGUAGCUUGUCCAGACCUGUCAGCCUCCACUCAGAAUCUGCAACCAUAAAUCCUCUGGGCUUGGCUCUCCUGACUCGGCUAACUGAGAUCCCACAGGCCUAGUCUCCACCCCAUCUUUCCUUAACUUCUGGCCUCAAAGUACCCCUCCCUCAGAUUGUACUUCAGUAUGGAUCUAGUGGGGCAGCGUGGCCACAAAGUCAGCAAGUUCCUGGGAAUGAUCGAAUUGGACGGUGCCCAGUGUGUGGAAGAUGCCCUGAAAUCUCAGCCCUUUUGACUCAUUUGCGUUUCAAGAGCUAGAACUGAUAUGAAUAACACUGUCUGGGAUCGUGGGUGUUUUUGUUUUGUUUUGUUUUUGUUUUGUUUCUAGAUCAUUGCAAUCUCUUUAAAAGUAAUUUUUUAAAAAUGGAUGGAAGCUUGCGAUAGUGGAAUUAAGUGCCCCACAGAGGCAGUUCAGUGACUAAACGAUAAAGUUUUGAUGAGUUGGAGGUUGAAGACUAGUACAGUGAAGGACUGGAUGUUUUGCACACACAAUAGGUCUUCAUCUGUGGUUUAAACUGGUGGAAAGAGAACCUCCUGCCUGCGGGGGCGCCCUUUCUCAGGAUCCUGCCGGAAGCCCUGGGCUCCAUGGUAUGAUAGGGCAGCCCUACUGGGCAAGCAGAAAGGGCACUGGUGGCCUCCUAAGUGGGCGAGCGCUAUGGGGAGUCCGGGAGUCAACUGCCAGUGACUAAAUGCAGCUGGGGAGUAGUGCACGUUGUGGGCAGUAGGACCAUGCAACCCUUAGAUCUAGGAAGUG